ACGUUCAAUUCUUACAGCACACUUCUCCGGUUCCAUACGGUCGAUAGUGUGUAGAUUUAUUUAUUAAGUUAAAAAAACGUAAAUUGUUAACUGUUAACUUAAUUUUAACUUACUUUGCUUUACACUUCAGUCUACAACUUAGAUUAUUCACUAAGAAAACAAUAUGGCAAAAACUGUGUACCAACAUGAUAAUACCACUACUCAUUUAGAUUAUAUGAGCACACUGGAUAUUGAUGUUGAAGCUCAAUUUAUUCGUCUUUCUGGUAUCAUUUGUACAAUUGGACCAGCCUCUGUUGCUGUGGGAACGCUUGAAGAGAUGAUUGAGGCUGGUAUGAACGUUGGCCGAUUGAAUUUCUCCCAUGGAUCACAUGAGUAUCAUGCAAAUACCAUCAAAAACUUAAGACAAGCUGCUGAAAAUUACAGCAAAAAAAUUGGAAUUUACUGUCCAUUGGCUAUUGCUUUAGAUACGAAGGGUCCUGAAAUCAGAACUGGCUUAUUAGAAGGCGGCGGAUCAGCUGAAGUUGAACUUAAAAGGGGAGAACAAAUUCGUUUGACUACAGACAAACAGUUUGAAAGUCAUGGAAAUGGUAAAGAAGUUUAUGUUGACUAUGCAAAUAUUACCAAAGUAGUUAAACCAGGCAACCGUGUUUUUGUUGAUGAUGGUCUAAUUUCAUUGAUUGUCAAACAAAUUGGAAGUAAUUAUAUUGAUUGUACAAUUGAAAAUGGUGGAUUAUUAGGAAGUCGUAAAGGUGUUAACUUACCAGGUGUACCAGUAGAUCUUCCAGCUGUUUCUGAAAAAGAUAAGAGUGAUUUACAAUUUGGUGUUGAUCAAGGAGUAGAUAUGAUUUUUGCUUCUUUCAUUCGAGAAGCAUCUGCUAUUAAAGAAAUAAGAGAUAUUUUAGGAGAAAAAGGAAAAAAUAUUCUUAUUAUAUCAAAAAUUGAAAAUCAUCAAGGUAUGAAAAAUUUACAAGAAAUAAUUGAAGCAUCUGAUGGCAUUAUGGUUGCAAGAGGUGAUUUAGGUAUUGAGAUUCCUCCUGAAAAAGUGUUCCUUGCACAGAAAGCUAUGAUUGCACGCUGCAACAAAGCUGGUAAACCUGCAAUCUGUGCCACUCAAAUGUUGGAGUCUAUGAUUAAAAAACCUCGUGCUACCAGAGCUGAAUCGUCUGAUGUAGCUAAUGCUAUUUUAGAUGGAGCUGACUGUGUUAUGUUAUCAGGAGAAACUGCUAAAGGUGAAUAUCCUUUAGAAUGUGUGCGUACUAUGGCUACUAUUUGCAAGGAAGCUGAAACUGCUGUUUGGCAAAAACAGUUAUUUGCUGAUCUCUCAUCUGCAGUCACCUUACCAUUAGAUUCUUCGCACACUACUGCAAUUGCUGCUGUAGAUGCUGCUAACAAAUGUAAAGCAGUUGCUAUCAUAGUUCUCACAACAUCUGGUCACUCUGCUCAUCUUCUUUCCAAAUAUCGACCUCGUAGUCCUAUCGUAGCUAUUACUAGAAAUGCCCAAGUAGCUCGUCAAUGUCAUGUUUACCGUGGUAUUUUGCCGUUGUAUUAUAGUGAACCAGCAUCAUCUGAUUGGUUAAAAGACAUUGAUAAUCGUGUUGUUCAUGGAAUUCAGUUUGGUAAGGCUCGUGGUUUCCUUCAAUCUGGUGAUCCGAUUGUUAUUGUCACUGGAUGGAAAAAGGGAUCUGGCUAUACCAACACCAUACGUAUUGUUAACGUGGAAUGAGGUGUCCAAUAAUGAGUGAUAUACCGCAAUAAAAAAAAAUAAAUAAAACAAUGAUCUAUUUAGAAGAUCCCAGAUAAAUUUGUCUUAUAAUUUGUGCAAUAAAUAUUGUACUUUAGUAUACUAUUAUUGUGUUUUAAAAACAGUAAGUUAUAAAUUAUUACUUUGUAUUCCUUGUUAUUCAUAAAAAAUAAAUAAAUUUUAGGAUUGUGA